GGCGUCGGUCACGUGACUCCCCCGGCCUUGCGGAAGGACCCUGGAAGGCGAAGGUAGGGGGCGGUCUGCGGCGUCUGUGAGCAGGAGGAGGCUGCGUGUGAAACUACGAUGAAUCCUGAAAAUCCACACUACAUUUUGGGAAGGAUCAGAUUUCUCAUUGAAUGCAUUGAUUGCUUCAGGAACAGCAAGCCUUUGCCAGAAGCUCUGUGUUAUGUCCCCAAAGAGGUCUUGUAUAAGUUUUGGAAAGAUUCCACCUUAUCCAAUGCAUCACUGGGGCGAUCCCAGUACAUUGUUUCAGUCUGGCAGUUAGCCUCCCAGUCUCAACGCAAAAAACUCUUUGAUAUUGAGUUAAAGAGAGGAACUUGCAUCAAAGCCACAGGCGAGGAAUACUGCAAUAGCCAUGGUCUCUGGGUGAAGCUGAAUCAGGAGCAAAUACAGGAAUACAACAGCAGCUGUCAGAGUAAAGAAGGCUGGAUUCUUCUGUGUAAGCAGCCUGAAGGUGGUGAACGACUUGUGCCAGUAGAAACACCUGAAAGGCUUCAGAAACAGCAGCAGCUUUUUGGCUAUGACUACAGGCCAUGUACCAGAUGGGAGCAGGUGGUUGAUGCACAAUAUUCUCUACAUCUGGGUGCAAAACCCAAGGUGGCUGCCAGGGAUGAUGCUGCAGUACAUAAACUAAGGUAUGUUCCCCCCACCUGGACAUUUGAGUGUGAUGAAGACUUAGUGCAUUACUUCUAUGACCGCAUAGGGAAGGAGGAUGAAAACUUGGGCAGUGUCAAACAUCUUGUUGACAGCAUAGAUGCUUCUUCUUUCUCGGAUGAAGCCAAUGUGUGGUGUUUGACAGAUGGAGACAAUGACACAUUCUGGGAGAGUGAGGGGAAUCAGGGCCAUCAUUGGAUUCGAUUGCACAUGAAGAAAGGCAUCAUUAUAAAAAAGCUGUUUCUCUCAGUAGAUGCAACGGAUGACAACUACAUGCCAAAAAAAAUUCAAGUAUAUGGUGGUGAACGUGAUAAUUUAAAGAAGUUAAAUGAUCUCACUGUUGAUGAAACUUUAGUUGGUGACCUGUGUGUUCUAGAGGACAUGAUGGUACACCUUCCUGUAAUUGAAAUUCGCAUUAUAGAAUGCGUUGAUGGAGGGAUAGAUGUCCGACUGCAUGGCCUCAAGAUCAGAUCUUCAAGGGAGAGAGACUUGGGAUUAAACAUUGAUAUGUUUCAAGCAGCAAAUCUGGUUCGGUAUCCACGCCUCGAGGGACAUGAUCCUGAUAUGUUAUAUAGAAGAGCUGUGGUAAUCCAUAGAUUCCUUAAACUCCUGGACAAUCUUAUUCACUAUCUAGUGCCAGCCUGGGACCACACAGUGGGAUCAUUUGGUCACUUGAAGCACAUCAAACAGUUCCUCCUGCUUUCAAAACGGCGCACAGCUCUCAUUACGCAAUGCCUCAAGGAUUCAGAAACCAACAAACCCAACUUCAUGCCAAAACUCUAUAUAAAUCGGCGAGUAGCCAUGGAGCAUCGAAACAACCCUUCCCUUGAUCCCUCUUGUAAGAAUGCUGUGUUCACACAGAUGUUUGAGGGGCUGAAGCCUUCGGACAAGUGCGAGAAACCUUUAGAUUACAGGUGGCCAGCACGCUACGACCAGUGGUGGGAAUGUAAAUUUAUCUCUGAAGGAAUCAUUGAUCAAGGUGGUGGAUUCCGAGACAGUCUCUCUGAUAUCUCCGAAGAACUUUGCCCAAGUUCUGGAGACAGUCCUGUGCCUUUGCCCUUUUUUGUAAGAACAUCCAAUCAGGGCAACAGAACUGGAGAAGCAAGAGAUGUAUAUGUUCCUAACCCAUCCUGCAAAGAAUUUGGGAAGUAUGAAUGGAUAGGCCAGCUGAUGGGGGCAGCAUUACGAGGGCGAGAGCUUUUGGUGCUGGCUCUUCCUGGAAUUGUAUGGAAACAACUAGCAGGGGAGGAGGUGAAAUGGUCCAAGGACUUUCCUGCAGUGGACUCUGUCUUGGUGAAACUAUUGGAAGCCAUGGAAACAAUGGACAAAGAGACAUUUGAAUUUAAGUUUGGGAAUGAGCUAACUUAUACCACUGUACUCAGUGAUCACUCUGUAGUAGAUCUGAAGCCUGAUGGCAGUAACACUGUCGUUCAAUAUGAGAAUCGGAUGGAGUUCAUUCAACUGGUACAGAAAGCAAAACUGGAAGAGAACAAGGAGCAGAUUCAAUCAAUGAGGGUUGGCUUACUGAAGGUGGUUCCCCAAGCUGUUCUUGAUUUGCUGACCUGGCAGGAACUGGAGAAGAGAGUCUGCGGUGACCCUGAAAUUACAGUGGAAGCUCUGAAACGUUUAACUCGAUUUGAAGAUUUGGAGCAGUCUGAUACCAGAGUCAAAUAUCUUUGGGAAGCACUCACAAAUUUCACUAAUGAGGAUCGUAGCCGAUUCUUGAGGUUUGUUACAGGCAGAAGCCGUUUGCCAGCCCCUAUUUUCAUCUACCCAGACAAGUCAGGAUCAGAGAAAACAGAUGCACUCCCAGAAUCCUCCACGUGUUCCAGUACACUUUUUCUACCAAAUUAUUCCAGUGCGAAGCUUUGCGAAGAGAAGUUACGAUAUGCAGCCUAUAACUGCGUAGCUAUAGACACCGACAUGGUACCCUGGGAAGAGUGACACCAGAUAUCUGCUGCAUUUGGAUAGAACAUUGUGGCUGGUGAAAGAAUCUGUGGUCCACUUACAGUUGCCUUAAAGUUUUAUGUUGUCUAUGCUGAUUCCUUGAGAUUUGGCAAUUUACCUUUUUAUUUUCUUCUCUUUUUAACCCAUAUUUGGGUUUCCAUGGUGAUUCACUUUAACCAAUUGGAACAAAAAAGCUUUCAUGUGUGAGUCACAAAAUGACCAAUGAAGCUCUCCAAUGCUGCAGUGGUUUUCAUUUAGAGCAAUGUGGUUGCAAGGCUUGUAUUCCUGAGAUCACUGCUUUAGAUGGAGAAAAAUAUUUUCUUAAGCCUGGGGGUAGGGCAAUUCUUUGCAGAAAAUGUAAAAUGAACACUUUGUUCUUGGCUAAGCCUAUAGAAACAACUUGCAUGUAUAACCUGCUUUAUAGCCAAUGAAUUGUAUUUGAAGUGUCAUCACUGUUAUUCUGUGUGUAACUUUGGCAAUCAGUUUAUGCACAGUGUUCCACGACAUCACAGGAGAUGAAUAACUAGAAAAUGUUUUUUUUGGUGUUAAUUGAGAUAUUUUAAGGUUCACUUGAAUCACUGGAAAGGCCAUGCUUCCUCCAUGCUGCAAACUACUAUCAAUCCAUGCUAUAGGGCUGAUGUUAGAUCUUGCACAAGUUGUUGGCCAGGAAAUUGUGCAUCUGGUCACCUGACUUUCCAUUAUUUAAUUUAAAUGUCUGGAAAAUAUGUGUCAUAGCCAUGGCUCACUGCAAACAUUACUCCACCAAGUCCUUAUUUACUCAUGCCUAAUCAAUGAGUCUUGAGCCCUCAGCCAUCUGAAAUAGAAAUACGCUUCUGUUUGCAACCUGUUCCAGAACGGCAUUUUUAAAGGAAUAUUUGCUUGAAUUAUACACAGGGAAAAUACAUGACUAAAAUAUGUUACUGCAGAACAAUGCAUUCUAACAAAUAAACAGCAGCAAAUGCUGUGCUCCACUUGGAGGAGAGUGAAUAUUGUAAUCUUAUAUGAGUUGGAUUGAUAAACAUGUUAUAUAAUUUAAGUGAUCAUACUGAAACUGAUGUUCUAUGGUAUAUGUGACAGGAUGGCUUCAGAGUUCACAAAUGAUGAAUUGGCAAGGUAAUCUAGUCACUCCUGAUCCAUAAUGUGAAUAGAUAGAUUCCAUCAGCCUUUUAUCUGAAUAUCCUUCCUGUAGGGUAGAUGAACUGAAAUGGCAGAAAUGGUUGGAACUUUUCCAUUGCUAGAGAUAUAGUAAAAGCUCAGUUACCUGGCAUGUACUGGACUUUACAUGUCAAAUAUACUGUCAAUUAGCCGGUGUUGCCCCAAUGUCUACCAGACUGCUCCUUCAGUGCUGCCCCAAUGAAAUACCAGUUAAUGAAGUGCCAGAUACCUGGAUUUUACUGCAUAGGUAAUUAGAUUUUGAGUAUUUGUCUCCCUAGAGUAAUGGAACUUCAUGCACUUUGCUACUAAGACUCUGGCCUUGUGUGAGAAUGUAUCGCCACCUUUUUGUCUAAGUACUAAUCCUAGAUCAUGCAAGAAUUCAAGUAUGAAUGCAAUGUGUCCAGUGUCUGAAAAUGUAUUAAAUAUAUUCUGUACAGUUUAAGUAAUCAUCCAAGAUGACAUUUGUUUUUUCUGCUAAAAUUUGCCUAAACCAUUUCAAAAUAUGCAUUGUUACCCAGAAAAAAUAUUGUAGCUCCUGUAUUUGCAGUGGCAACCCACAUUAUAAAGAAACUUGGGUUGAAGAAUCGUGUGUUGUCCACUCCCUUUGAGCCUGGAGAGCACUGCAUUUCAGAAUCUUUUCGUUCAGUGUGUUUUGCUAUCUCUCAGAUAGACCAGUAGAUGGGAGUACAGCAUUGGGAGUCUCAACUAUGAGCAAAAUCCAGCAGGAGAAGUCCUGUUCAUGGUGAGAAAAAAAUCGACAGUUUGUGUAAGUGAUGAUAAUCUUGACCAUCGCCCCCCCCCCCCCCACCUUCCUGCUGAAAUAAUUGUUGCUAUUAUAGGUAAUGCCAAUGAGACCUAAUGGAAGGAAAUACAAGUUAAUCGGUCUACUUAAAUGUGAAGUUCAUGUGACCUACUUCUUUCUACCUAUUUAAUACCUAGUUAGGUAUGAUCUCCUAGUUUGUACAGUUCAUCUUCACAAAUUGCUUGUUCAGUGAAAUAUGUAAUUUAAGAUGUUUAAUACUACAUUAAAAUGUUAAAAACUUAA